AAUUGUGUCCCUGUAGAAAGUUCUUAGGAUUUGGCGGCCCCAUACCAAAUUUUCUCAAACGUCUGAGGUGAGAGAGGCGCUGUUGUGCCUUUUUCACCACACAGCUGGUGUGUACAGACCAUGUGAGGUCCUUGGUGAUGUGGAUGCCGAGGAACUUGAAGCUAUUUACCCUCUCAACCCCAGAUCCAUUGAAGUCCAGGAUCCAGCUGCACAAGACAAGGUCAAGGCCAAGGUCUCUGAGGUUCUUGUCGAGCCUGGAUGGAAUUAUGGUGUUGAAUGAAUGAUGAACAAGAACAGCAUUCUCACAUAAGCAUCCUUCUCCAGAUGUGUCAGGACGCUCCAGCAACGAGGAUGACUUCCGGCUUUGAGGUGUCAGACCGAGCCCACAGCCAGACCCUUCUGAACUGUCUGGACCAGCAGCGGAUCCACGGGGCCUUCUGCGAUGUCACCAUUGUGGUGGAGGAGAGCAAGUUCAGGGCGCACAAGAACGUGCUGGCCGCCUCCAGCCUCUACUUCAAGGAGCGGCUGUCCAGCUGGGGCCCCUGCGGCCUGCAGCCGGUGCUGGAACUGCGGGAUGUGAGGGCCGAGGUCUUCGCCAAGAUCCUGGGCUUCAUGUAUAGCUCACGGCUGGUUGUGGAACGACUGGAGCAAGCCUGUGAGCUGGCUGCGGCUGGUACCCACCUGGGCAUCCCCUUCCUGGAGGAGCUGGCCACCCCCACACCCAGCCUCCUCCCGGGGGCGGAGGACGUCCUUCCCACCCCGCUGUGGAGGCCGGAGCAGCCCUUCCCCACCUUCCCCAUUGACCUCACGUCUCCAGGCAACCGGCAGGAGGGCUCAGUGGAUGGGGCAGCAGGGCCCCGGGCCUCUCCCAGUCACGCUGAGGAGGAACAGGAGGAAGACGGAGGAUCAGUGGAAGAGAGCCAGAAGCUCUACACCCUGAGCACUGAGGCUUUCCAAGGGCUGGGCUUCAGCGUGGAGGAGGAGAGAGAAGCUGGGCUGGGAGGGAACAGGAGGAGGCCCCAGGAGGAGGAGGAGGGGGCUGCGGCAGAGGAGGAGGGGGAUGGACAGGACCAACGACAGCAGCAACAGGAACAGAGGGAGGGUGAGGGCCCAGUCACCACCGAGACCACAACUCCCGCCCUGGGCUGUCCCCCACCCCUCGAUCUCCAUCUCAGGCUGCAGCGAGAGGACCGGGCCUUGAGCUGCUCCCACUGCCACAAGACCUUCGUGCACGUCAAGCGGCUGCAGACCCACCAGGCCCUGUGUAGCCGGCGGGCCGGCGACCUGCCCUCUGCCGGGCACCAGAUCCAGCGUCUGCCUGACGAUCCGGGAUCUGGCAGGAGCCUCCCCGACCCGAGGGCCGAGGAGGAGCACUUCGUCAAGGUAGUUGAUGGCCAUCUCCUCUACUUCUGUGCUGUCUGCCAGCGCUCCUACAUGACCCUGUCCAGUCUGAAGCGCCAUGCAAACGUGCACUCGUGGCGACGCAGGUACCCGUGCCGCUACUGUGACAAGGUCUUCGCCCUGGCCGAGUACCGCACUAAACACGAGGUAUGGCACACUGGCGAGCGCCGUUACCAGUGCAUCUUCUGCUGGGACACCUUUGUCACCUACUACAACCUCAAGACCCAUCAGAAGGCCUUCCACGGUGUUGACCCCGGCCUGGGCAUCAGCCAGAAGACUCCCAAUGGUGGCUACAAGCCCAAACUCAAUGCCUUCAAGCUCUACCGCCUGCUGCCCAUGCGCUCCCAGAAGCGGCCCUACAAGACGUACAGCCGCUUGGGGCAAGGGGCCUCGGCCUGCCCCCUGCCAGGGGCCGAAAGCCACCCAACACCUGCUGGCCCACCGGGGCCCAGCACCCCUGCUGCCCCUUCCUCCGUCAUCACAUAUGGGAGGACAGCAAAGUCCUCGGUCAUUGUCCAUAGCAAGGCCCUGCCACCUGCCAUCCCCUCCUCGGUCAUCGCCUACAAUGGCCGCUGCACCGGCCGGCUGGAGGUGGGAGCUUCAGACUCGACUCUGGACCCUGCCGCCCUGCCAUCACCCCCACCCCAAAUCCCUGGACCCUUGUCCCAGGAAGCUGAGCCCCUGGCCCCAGACACAGGCCUUCUGCCCCAGACCCUCGGUCCCACACUCCAGGACCCUGGCCCACUGCUCCAGGAUGCAGAACCCAUGGCUCAGGACCCCAGCCUCCUGCCCCUGACGCCCAGACUGCCACCUGGGGACCACAGCUCCCCAGCUGCUACUGACCAAAGACAGGAGCUUAGACCCCAGAAGCCAAAGAGGCCUGUGGCCCUAGGCCGGCCCAAGACUCUGACCUAUGUAGCAAAGCCUGCCUGCCCUUCAUCCGGCUCCUUGGGCAGCAGGCCUGGGCCACUUUGCCAGAUCACCGUCCGCAUCGGCGAGGAGGCAAUCGUCAAGAGGAGAAUCUCUGAGUCGGACCUAAUCCGGGACAAGGCACUCACUCCCUGCCCAGGACCAGGGACAAGUCCAGGACUGGGCCCAGCCAAGGGCCGGCGUCCCGAAGCCCUGCCACCUGGCCUGACAGCCAAGAAGUUGCGAGAAGCUGAAGAGGAUGAUCCAGGAUGUCGGCCCAAGCCCGAUGACUUCCUGGCAGGAGAGUCGGCUGAUGAGCUGAGCGACCAGGAUAUGGAUGACAAUCUCUGGCGGCCAUACUACUCGUACAAGCCCAAGCGGCGGGGUGCCAGCCUCCAGCGGGCUAAGAGGGCAGGCUGGAGGAGGAAGCUGAGUCUCAGGCCACCUGGCCGUUUCCUCCACCGGGCCGCCAAGUCUGCUGAGGCCGAUGCCCCGGGACUAGCCCCCCACCGGCAGGGAGGUCCUGAGGCCGAGGGUUCUGCUGGUGACUGCCUGUGCACCUGCUGGCCCGAGGGGAAGGAAUGCCCGGGUUGCAUGGCCUGUGAGGGGCCGGUGAGCCCUGGGGAGCGAGGCCUGGCCCCACCGUCAUCCUGCGACAGGGCUGCAGGCCCCCCUGCCGGGACUUCAACCCCACCGAGUCCCAGAAAGAAAGCCCCUGCCUGGCGCACCAAGGCCCUGGGCCGGCAGCGAAAGCGCCAACAGGUUGGGACUAGUGGCCUGCAGCUGGGGGCUGGGGGAGGGCAGGAGGGGGUGGGUGGGGGCGGGCCCAGGAUCAGGCCGGAGGAGGUUCCAGGGGAGGGGAUUGGCCAGUACCUCAAGCUCCAGUCCGAGGUGGAGGAAGAGGAGGAAGAGAGUGAGGCAAGGCCAGGCUGGAACCAGUGUGCGGCCUACAGUGACUCGAAGGCCAUGGGGGGAGGGCAGACCCCAGGCCCCAGCUCCCCAGAAGCCCAACCCCACCCUGCCGCUGCUGCCCCACUGCAGGCGAGGAUGCCGGAGGUGUCAGCUCAGGCAAUCAGCGACCCCUCCCCGCCUGAGGAGGAGCUGUCGGCCAUCACCACUGCCCAGGAGGUGGAGUCAGAGCCGCUCUCGCAAGGUGGGGAAGGAGUCUUUGGGCUCGAUGAACCGGAGGCCGCGUCCCAGCAGGUGGACGAGGAAGUGUCGGUGGCCUUCGAAGGUCAUGGCCGCCCCAGCCAGCCGGAUUACCCAGUGCAGGAAUUCCCGCUGCCGCUGGUGACUGUGGGCAGUGGCCGCUCCCAGCCCAGACUCCGGCAUGAGGUACUGGACCUACAGGCCAGCACUCUGCGCUUCACAGGGGCCGAUACGGCAGAAGGAGAGGGCGGCCUGUACCCGGAGCCGUGCCCAUUGGUGUGUGGCAGGCAUCCGCUGCUGGCAGGCGCCUACGGCCUGGGCCCGGGACCACCGCUGCCUGUGGCCCUGGACAUGGUCAUCGACCAUAAGGCCCAGCGGCUACCCCUCCUGCACCGGAUGUUCAUCUACCCGAGCCCCUGCCGUGAGCAGGCUCACCCCCUGCCCCAGGCCCCUCCACUCCCGCUGACGAUCCCCUUGCCCCUUGGCGCCGGCAGCACAGGCGGCAAUCACGACGAGGCCGGGAGGCAGGUACUGGCCGGGGACCAGGCCGGCCGGAUGUACUGA